AGAGAGAGAGAGAGUUUAUGUAUAUAGGAAGUCAGGAUGUGAGAGAUUUAUUUAUUUAUUUAUCUACUUAUUCAUCUAUUUAAUUUAUCUUAUCUUAUUUUUUAGAUAUUCUUAGGUUACGAGAGGCUGGAGAGACGAGAGAAGGUAGAGAUGGAGAGUUAAAGGGUCUGUGUGUACGUGUGUGAGACUGAGAAGAGAAAGAGUUGGGAAGAUGAUGUCUUUAAUGGAUGCAAGUCUCAGAGGAAGGAAGGUCGAUCGUCUUGGGAAACAUGUAAGAGGGAAGUGAAGUAAUUAAGUGUAAGAUUUAAUAAAGGCAGUAAUUAGAUAGCUAAGUGUCUUUCUUUAUUGCUAUUAUUUAUUACUGCUUGUGGAGGAAGAGAAAGGAUAAGUUAAGAGUAUGUGAAUAUUAAUGAGAUCUCUAUAACGUACACGCUUUUAUCUUGACUGUCAAAUUAGGUAAGGAAGACAGACAAUUAAUAGGACAGGUAGAUAGAUAAUGAAAUACAGGAAUAGAGAUAAAAGAUACAAGAAAAGCAGAUAAACCAUUAAAAACAAAUACAGAGAGAAGAAAAGAUUGAUAGAUAAACAGACAAACGCGUUCAGUCGACUCGUGUCCCCAUAGUAAAUUUCUUCACAAUGACCACUACUCCCCAUUCCUGGUGCCCCCCACCCAUCCUGCCACCCAUGCAAGUCAAAAGGACCAUUAUUGAUUGCACCGUGCCGGGAUUACGAGAGAUUAAAGUUUGUUGACCCCGCGGGAGGCUAAAAAUCGAUAUUUAGCAUUGAUGAAAAUGUGUUCGGCGCCACGCAGGCAGGAAUGAUAAACUGUCCCAAGAUUGCUCUAUACUCUAUGGAUGCGAGUCAUUCCGCUAAUGAAUUUCUCCAUGAAUUUUAGUAUAUUCUAUUGUGUAUCUUGGAACGUGUAUAUGUUGGUUUUAAAUGCUCUUCUCGCCAUUUGUUCGGCCGAAGCCAAGGGUGAAGAGAUGCGGACACAAUGCGUGCGCAAGAUGACACCACGUGGCAUGCAAGAGACAAAAUAAUAAAAACAAUGAAAGCACUCAAUUACCACAUUCACAUUUCAAAAUCAUAUCUAUAACAAAAUUGAGGAGUUAGAAAGAACGAGAGUGAUAAAUAAACAAAACAGGGGAGUGAAGCCAAGAUUAGAGUAAAACGAACAUAUUGCGCGCGCAUUUGCCAAAGAAAACACCAAUAAAAUCAAAAUAAAAUCGCCAAAAAAUAGAAAAACAAGCCAAAAAACACUGGGGAGUAAAUCAAUACCACUGAAACACGACAUUAUAACCUGUAGAGGAACAGAUUAGAGGAUGAACGGGGAGAGAGAGAGGGAAGAAAGGGAGAAAUGAGGCAGUAGAAGAAGUGACGAGGGUGGAGGAGGACAUAACGAAAGUUGGUCUGAGCGUCAUGGCUUCAAUUGUGCUCAAGUCUCUCUCUGUCCUCUUGGGGAUCUUCUUCAUCUUCGUCGGCACCACAAAACUCACGCCCAAGAUCAGCAAGGAACUCCAUAAAGAGCUGAGGAAAGAGUUCGCGCGGUACAGCAAAGUGUUCCCUCUAGCACAGACCCUGGAAUUCAAGGUGCCUUCUAAGUGGUACAGACGGAGCGUGGGCGGGCUGGAGGUGCUCUGUGGCGUGUGUCUAACUUUCAUACCCUCCAAGCGGGUGAAACAGUUCGCUAACCUCAUCUUGGCCCUCAUGAUGCUCUUUGCCACGUACAACCACUGGAUGGUCGGGGACAAGUUUGAGAGACUGGCGCCCUCCCUGGUGUUCUUCUUCAUGUUAACCUGCCGCCUCAUAGUGGAGUACCAGAUCCACCGCAAAGAGAAAGCAGAUCGAAUUGCCGCCAAAAAACCUCCCGCUGAUAAAGAGAUAGCCGCCCCCGCCACCGCCGCCGCCGCCACCACCACCACCACCGCCACCACCACCACCGCACACCACCACGGCAAGAGCAAGAAGGAUGUCUAGUGUGUGUCUGUGUGUCUGUGUGUGUGUGUGUGUAUAGGGUAGUGUAGUGUGUUUUUACGUGUGUGUGUGUGUGUGUGUGUGUGUGUGUGUGUGUUCUGUUGAUAUAUUUUUUUUGAG